UAGAGCCUAGUUAGAGGGUAGAAGAAUAGAGGAAAGCGGUCCUGGGGAUCUUUUGGGAACAGCUUCGGGAGUCAUGCAUUUUUACUUUAAAUGCGUUCUUUUCUUGCAGGCUUUAAGCCUUUUUUCUCUCCUUACUCAGGGACAAAAACUAGAAGAAAGUAUGGAUGAAGUGAAAAUAGAAGUUUUGCAUCUUCCAGAAAACUGUUCUCCCAAAAGCAAGAAAGGGGAUCUACUAAAUGCUCAUUAUGAUGGCUACUUGGCAAACGGCACCAAAUUCUACUGCAGCCGGACACAAAAUAAAGGUCACCCAAAAUGGUUUGUUCUUGGUGUUGGGCAAGUAAUAAAAGGCCUAGAUAUUGCUAUGAUGGGUAUGUGUUCUGGAGAAAAAAGGAAAGUGACAAUACCUCCUUCACUGGCCUAUGGAAAGGAAGGCUAUGCACAAGGCUUGAUUCCACCCGAUACAACACUGAUUUUCGAGAUUGAACUCUAUGCUGUGACCAAAGGACCCCGAAGCAUUGAAACAUUUAAACAGAUAGAUGUGGACAAUGACAAGAAACUUUCUAAAAUGGAGAUCAAUUAUUACUUGAAAAAGGAAUUUGAGAAAGAUGAUAAACCACGUGACCAGUCAUAUCAUGAUUCUGUAUUAGAAGAUAUUUUUAAGAAAAAUGACCAUGAUGGAGAUGGCUUCAUUUCUUCCAAGGAAUAUAAUGUAUAUCAACAUGAUGAACUAUAGCAUAUCUUUCUAAAUUCAUUUGGCUAUCUUUUGUAUUAUCUGCAAAAUUAUUUUUAUCCAAAUUUUGCUUUUUUCCUAUGAAACCACAUUUUGAUAUCUUGAAAAAUAUUAAUUUCUGAACCUUAUGUAAAUUUUUAAUAAUAAAUUAUAAUGUACCCCAAAAGUAGUGGAAAAGGUAAGAAUUCUAUAUUCUCUGCCUUAUUUAGUAAUGCCUAUGAACACAGAUUUCAGUAUUUUGAUGAAACAGCCAACAUCUUAGACUCAGAAUUUCCAAAACUUAACUCAUCAUCUUUCCUCCUAAACUUGCCCUCCUUUCCUGCUUCCCUCUAUCUGUUGAUGACAACAUCAUUCUUCUAGACAUCCAGCCUCAAAACCUUGGAAUCAUAUUUCCCUUUUUCUUCAACUCCUAUAUUCAAUCAUUUGCCAAAGACUAUCAUUCCUAUCUCUGCCAUAUUUUUCAUCUGUUCCCUCCUCUCCACUUCUACUGCCACCUCCACCCCCAAUAACUUAGACUUAUAUUAUCUCUUGUCUGAGCUAUUUUAAUGGCUUCCUAACUGGUCUUUUUCCCCUCUAGCUUCUUUCUUCUCCAACUCAUCCUUCACACAAUUGGUAAAGUAACUCUCUAACUGGGCAACUCUGAUCACAUCACUCCACUACUUAAAGACUUUAAUGACUCACCUUUCCCUGCAGAAUAACUAGGUGGCGCAGUGGAUAGAGAACCAGCCCUGGAUUCAGGAGGACCUGAGUUCAAAUCCGGCCUCAGACACA